CCCAGGCCCUUUGCUUUGGACUGUUGCAUUCUAUGAUUUGCAAACCACUUAUUUGACAAAAAUGGCCAAAUUUUUGUACCAACUGAAACAUCUCCAACUGUGUCUUUAUACUCCUCUUUACUCACUUCUCUUAACCACAUUGUGCUGUUUUUUUUUUAUCUGCAAAAAACCCUUGUUUCUAUCUUGGUUUUCUUGUAUCUGUUCAUGGACAAGCACCAGCAGCAGCAGUUGUCGUUGGCCAAGUGUUCGCGGCAGCAACAGCGAUACAGUGAAUGGAUAUUCAGAGAUGUUCCAAGUGAUAUAACAAUUGAAGUUAAUGGAGGAGCAUUUGCGCUGCACAAGUUUCCUCUUGUGUCUCAUAGUGGGAGAAUCCGAAAGUUGGUAGCAGAACACAGGGAUCCGGAUAUUUCAAGAAUAGAACUUUUGAGCCUGCCAGGAGGUGCAGAGUCAUUUGAGCUGGCUGCCAAAUUCUGUUAUGGCAUUAAUUUUGAGAUUACACCUGCAAAUGUUGCUCAACUUCUUUGUGUAUCAGAUUACCUCGAAAUGGUUGAAGGUUUCUCAAAUAACAAUCUUGGUUCUCGGGCUGAAGAAUAUCUUGAAAGUAUAGUCUGCAAGAACCUUGAAAUGUGUGUUGAAGUUCUGCAACAAUGUGAAAGCCUACUUCCUCUUGCUGAUGAGCUGAACAUUGUUAGCCGGUGCAUUGACGCUAUAGCAUCCAAAGCCUGUGUUGAGCAAAUUGCUUCAAGCUUCUCUCGCUUGGAGUAUAGUAGCUCAGGAAGACUUCAUAUGAACCGGCAAGCUAAGUGUGAAGGAGACUGGUGGAUUGAUGAUUUGUCUGUUCUCCGGAUUGAUUUGUAUCAGAGAGUCAUAGCAGCUAUGAAAUGUCGUGGAGUGAGGCCAGAAAGUAUAGGCGCGUCUCUCAUUAAUUAUGCACAGAAAGAAUUGACAAAAAAAUCCACCUUCUGGAGUUCAACCAAUCCGCCAAAAGCUGACCUGGUUGCUGGCUCAACUGCACAUGAAAGACUUGUCGUCGAGACUAUUGUCAGCCUCCUGCCAGCUGAGAAGCCGGCUAUUCCAAUCACCUUCCUUUUUGGCUUACUACGUAGUGCUGUGAUGCUGGAUUGCUCUGUUGCUUCUAGGCUUGAUCUUGAAAGGCGAAUUGGCUCCCAAUUAGACAUAGCUACUCUCGACGAUCUCUUAAUCCCUUCCUUUCACCAUUCCAGUGACACAUUAUUUGAUGUCGACACUGUUCACAGAAUCCUGGUUAGUUUUUCUCAGCAAGAUGACAGUGAGGAUGAUAUGGAAGAUGGCUCACUCUUCGAAUCUGAUGGCCCUGAUUCGCCAUCUCAAACUGCAUUCGUCAAAGUCUCAAAAUUAGUGGAUAAUUACCUGUCAGAAAUUGCUCCUGAUGCAAACCUCAAGCUAAACAAGUUUAUAGCCAUUGCAGAAACUUUACCAGCUCAUGCACGAACAGUCCAUGAUGGUCUAUACCGAGCUAUCGAUGUUUACCUCAAAGCGCAUCAAGGCUUGUCGGAUCAGGACAAGAAAAAGCUCUGCAAAUUGGUUGAUUUUCAGAAACUUUCACAAGAAGCAGGAGCUCAUGCAGCCCAAAACGAACGCCUCCCACUCCAAUCAAUGGUCCAAGUCCUUUACUUCGAACAGCUGAGACUCCGAAACGCCUUGUCCUGCUCCUACCCCGAGGAUGACCACAAGCCUGUCCACAAUUCCUGGCGGAUCAGCAGUGGAGCUCUCAGUGCUGCAAUGUCUCCGCGAGACAAUUAUGCCUCAUUGAGACGAGAGAAUCGUGAGCUGAAGCUGGAGCUAGCGCGACUGCGCAUGAGACUAAAUGAUCUGGAGAAGGAUCAUGUUUGCAUGAAAAGGCACAUGGAGAAGUCUAGUUCUUAUAAUUUUAUGAGUUCCUUCUCUAGGAAAUUUAGCAGACUGAACUUUUUUGCGAAUAGUUCUUCAAGAGGGUCGAGUUCUCCGUCGAAGAACUCACAGAGAACGAAUUCGAAGGUGACUGAAAGAACAGUACCGAGUAUACUCUAGCUGUUUAGUCUGCAGAGUUCUUCAGCUGAUUGUGCUGAGUAGUUGUAAUGGCUUUUCCUUUUGUGUAUACCUGGUUUUAAGAUAGUCUAUCUCUCCUGCAUUUUAUA